AUGACGUCUAUCGUCUUCCGGAGUCUCGCCAGGAUGCGCCGGCUGCAUCUUUUCAUAAUCCUGUUGUUUCUAUUCUGCUGGUUCGGGCCCUUUUCCUUGAUUUUCAACAACAGCUACAGUGACGAUGAUACGUUCGACACAUUUGGCCUCAGACCACCGCAAGAUCCAUACUAUUCGCAACCGGACGCCUCGCAAAAGUCCCCUCAGAGCAGUGGCAAGAAAAAUAAGGGACUGUAUGGUUCCAGCGCAUCCGUCAAGGACCUACUGGGAUAUUACAUGCCUGGAAAGUCGCAGACAAAUCAUCACGAAAUCUUGUCAGCAAAACGAGCAGACUACUCCAUCAAGCCGAUUGUCUACGUCUUCCCACAGUUCCAUCCAAUUCCAGAGAACGACAAAUUCUGGGGAGUCAACUUCACAGAAUGGACUAAUGUCAAGAAACUCACUGUCUCCAAAGAGGGCACCGAAACCCAACGCCCAGCGAAAGAAGUCGGGUUCUAUAAUCUUUUGGACCUUUCCACUCGGAAACGAUGGACGGAGACGAUGAAGAAGAGCCGUAUCCAUGGGAUAGUCUAUCAUCACUACUGGUUCGGGUAUCCCGUAAUGGAUGGAGUUCUAAAGGCUAUGCUCAAGGAUGGCCACCCCGAUAUACCGUUCAUGCUGAACUGGGCCAACGAACCCUGGACCGUCCGCUGGGACGGCAUGGACAUACCGAGCGGCGACGGUGUCAUCCUGGCACAAAACUACGGCGGUCCCGAAGACUGGAGGAAACACUAUGACUGGAUGGUGCCAUUUUUCAAACACCCCAACUACAUCAGGGUAAACGGCAAGGUACAGAUGAUGAUCUACAACCCUUCACACAUGGGAGACACGGGAAAGCGAAUGUUCGAGGCCUGGCGCAUCUGGGCAUCGGAGGAUCCCGCCAUCGGCGGCAUGGACGUGAUCGAGACCAAGAUCGACAGCGACAACCCGGACAGUCGCGGGCCGACCGACGCGAUGAACGAGUUCGGGUUCCGGAGCGGCGGCGGUAAGGAUUACUCUCUGUGGCCCAGUAUCGGCCGCUCCCAUAGAAUCUAUUAUCGUGGUGCCAUGGUGUCGUGGGACAACACGCCCCGCCACGCGACAGACGGCGGAGGCGAUGUGGUGGUGUUUGCGCAUCCCCGGCUUUGGAAAGGCAAGAUGACCCCUGCACCCCCGCCCCUUUCUCCUCAGAGAUCGGACCCGAACCCGCCGGGGGAGGAGAACUUCUUCUUCAUCAAUGCGUUUAACGAAUGGGGCGAAGGCAACACGCUUGAGGCCUCGGUGCGGUGGGGGGACGGCUUCAUGAGGGCCCUCGACGAGGCCAUGGAAUACGCUGACAAGCAGAUCCCAUGGCGGUCGCACCUGCUCGAGCAGAACACUGGGCUCAUCAAGGAGGUCGCCAACAACGUGAGCCAGGUCGAUGUCUGUGUCAUCAUUCGCGACUACAAACCGACCUAUCCCUGGGGCGAGCCAUGGACGUUGUCGCAGACCCUCGAGUCCCUGCGGAACAUGCAGAACAAGCGGUGGCGCGGUGUAGUGGCGAAUGUGCUGCCGGCGGGCAACACGCGGUUCGUCGACGUGACGCUCCUUGACGCACAAGACGCGCGGGUCGUCAGCGCCGCCGUCCCGGAAGAUGUCCUGAAGAAGUCCGGGGAGGCGCCAAACGCCGCCGAAGUGACGGACUGGGUGAUCAAGAACAUCGACACUAUUAGCCCAUCGUGCGGCAGGGCCAAGUAUAUGCUCAUCACAAAUGCUACCAACAGGUACGAGCCCGACACCUUCGACGCCGCUGAGAAAUCGGAAAGUGACAUUAUCGGCCUUAACUUUGAGUCACGCGAGUCGAUGGACUUCGCCGAUGCAGCACUCGCCGAGAACUACACCUGGGACCAGCGCUGCGAGCGUUUCAAGGACGGCACGACACAGAAUCGCCGGGCGGCGACCGCUGACGCCGAGCUGCUCGACCUCGGCGCCGUCCUCAUCAACAUGAGGCGGUGGCGGGACGAGAACGUACACCUAGCCCAAACUGGGAAUACCCACGGGGAAGCCAGCGUACUACGCGAGCUGAAUAAGAGCACCAGGUCGCCGUGGAAGUGGGCAUCGCCCGCCGUUGAUCCGUCUGUUUCCUGCCACCUGUUACACGCGGACUCUAUGACGACUUGCCUCCGGACCGGCCGCCUGUGGGCUGACCUGCCCAAGGUCGAGCCCUUCAAGUCCGGAUGCUACAGCGGUUUCCAACUGCAAUAUGCGUAUGGAGGGCAUAAGGUAACUGAACUGUAUGACUACAGCAGAUUUCACAAAGAUCCCUAUUGCGUACGCCUGUCGCAGGAUAUGUAUGAGGGCGUUACGAGUGGGAAGAUUGAUCUUAAAGGUUCAUAA